CAAUGGCAACGGCAAGAAUUGAAGCAGAUAGAAAAUCAAAAAUGCAUUCAAGCAGUUCAACAUCGUCAAAUUAUCCAAUUGAAGAAGAAUUAAGCAAAAUUGAAAUUGAGUUCGUGCAUAAACUUGCUUCGAGCGCUAGAAUCUCUGAAGUCUUGGCAAGAAAGUCUCUUCAACACGUUGAUAGGAAGGACAUUGAAUCACUUAACACGAAAACAGCUAUGUUGUGGUGCAUGAAAGAACGAGGAAAACAACCAGAUGUUAUUGGAAAAGAAGACACAUCGAAGGGAAAAACCAAAACAUGGGGCUUUUUAGCUAAUUAUCGUACGGUUACUAAAGAACAUGGCAGUGAGACGAGCAAUGUUGGUUCAGCGCCUCUGAUAAGUGAUUUGCGGCAAUGCUGGGAGAGUUUCCUUGAAGCCGUAUCUACACCCAACAGUGAUUACCUAAGUCUUGAACACUUGGGCAUCGUACUUCAAUACCUUGCUCAUGAAGAAGAUUUAAACCGAAAACUGCCCGGACAUUUCACUGAGGGUCACCCACAUCUUAUUAUGUGCAAAAAAGAUGAAUUCCUGCUCGUGACAAUAUCAAUUUACAUGAAAGAUGAAACCAAACCAUUACCGUGCUCUGAUGAGGUGUUGCUGUGUACUGAAAGCACAUCUUCCGACGAGGUUUACAUUUUUUUGCGACGUGCAAUGUUUGCCGCUUGUGGAAAAAUUUAUUGUCUCGUUAAUGCGGAUGUGUUGGGAUACGAAACCAGUGCCAUGGCGAUUCAGCUUAUAAAUGAGAAUAUACAAAAAGUUGUCACAAAAGGUCCGAGUAGAUUAUUUGUUAUUUGCGACUCACGUAACGAAAAUUGGUCUCCGUUUGGGAUAGCUCUACACAAAUAUUUACAUCGAAUGCAACCGGUUGAUGCGCAGAAAGUGAAGUCGUAUGUGACUAAACACUUGACAUUUUCCAACAGCAGAACAUAUUGUGCAGCAUCUAUGGACUUUAAUAAGUCAUCAGUGCGAUUGAUCAAAUCCAGUCGGGCUGGAGUAGGAAAGUCGCUUUACGUGAAAAGAGUUGGCGAACGUUUAGUUUCUGACGCCGCAAAGCAUAACGUUGAGGCAACACUUGAGCGUAUUCCAUUGCAAGAGAAGCGAAUAAACAUUAAUGAAAUGGUGCAACAAUUUCUUGAACACACACACGUCCCGGGUAGCAAAAGUGCCAGAUUGUUUCAUAUUGAUAUCUCAACAGAGGUUGAAGAAGGGAUUGACUUCUUACUAUUCAAUCUCUUGAUUCUCAAAUAUGUUGUGGACAAGCAUGGAUAUGUUUGGAGAAGAGAAGACGACGAUUUGUAUCUGAUUGAAGCCGUCCCGGAGAUUCUUAUGUGUGAUAGCUAUCCAGUACCAUAUUACAAAAACCCAGUGUAUGGUAUUCUGCCCGAUGUUACAUGCAAGUCACCAAAAGAAAGCAUGGAUGUGUAUGAAAGUGAUAGAAACGGUGAAAAUAAAGGAAACUCAUCAGAUCAAGUAUUCGAUGACACCAUCUUCAGGAGUUCGGAUUUUCAACGCGCAUUCCAAUAUUUGCUCAAGUUAGAAAAAAACAACAGCAUGCUGGAAGUGGAUGCAACAAAAUGUGUUGGCUCGCCAAACGAUUGCUUAUCAGUUUUUAUGAGACGAUGCGGAGUAGUAAAUCCAUCUUGGUCAGAGAUUUACCACUUUGUGCUGUUCUUGAACAAACAACUCUUAGACUUCGAACAAAACCAGUUUGUUACACGUGCUGCAGAAGAAGAUCUUCCUGGCUUUUCUUCGUUUGUACUUCGAUUUCUUAUUCAGAUGUCAAAGGACUUCUCAACCCGAUCACUCACUCUCACAGAAGAAUCGCCUGAUGAUACAUUUAAUAUUGAAUCACAACCUGAUAGUGACGAUGAGUCUGAUAGCGAUGACACAAGUUCUUCAGAUAAUUUCACGGAACCCUGGCAUGGUCGUUACGAUAUUACGGCUUGGGAUGAAACACAUUAUACCCCUACAGGUUAUUCCGAUAAUUCAAUAGAGCCCAUGUCCGUCAGUGACGAUCUUACAGCUGGAGAUGAAACUACAAUUUUAACGGAACGCUGGCAGGGAAGGGACCUUACAGCUUUGGAUGAAACAAUCAGAAUAAUGUCGUCUGGAUUUUCUUCCGUGACUAAGGAAAACAAUGAGCUUAGUCGCUUUGAGCUGAGAAGAACUUGGGAAACCAGCCCACAUCCGUAUAUACUUUUUAACUUCGACCGUGAGUCAUUUACUUUCCUGGGAUUUAACAUCGAUUAUCAAGGUAAUUUAAUCGAUGUACAAACCGGGCUUGUAUUGGAAAAGCGAAUAAUGCGAAAACGAUUAAUGAGGUCAUUGAUUGAAAAUGGAGUGCCGCUAUCCGAAGAGGCCUCCGACGAUGAAGAUAACGACCAAAGAAUGGAAUAUAUCAAGAGGUUAUGCAGUGUGAUGGGUGUACAGAACAUUCAUGAUCCAGACCCAACAUACGAGUUGACCAUUGAUAAUAUGAAAAAGAUCCUGGCGAUAUAUAUGAGAUUUCGGUGUGGCAUUCCUGUCAUAAUAAUGGGCGAAACCGGAUGUGGUAAAACACGACUCGUGAAGUUCAUGUGUGCACUGCAAUGUCCUCCAGACGUUCCGGCAACAAACUUAAUACUGGUGAAGGUACACGGAGGAACAACAAAACUCGCUAUACAGAAAAUAGUUCAUCAAGCGGAAUCGAUUGCCAAGAAAAAUGUUGAAGAAUUUGGCGAGCAUGUGUAUACUGUACUUUUUUUUGACGAAGCAAAUACAACAGAAGCGACUGGUAGUUUUAAGGAGAUGAUGUGUGAUCAAUCAAUUUGCGGAAAAAACAUACAGAUGUACCAAAACUUGAAAAUUAUUGCAGCAUGCAAUCCGUAUAGAAUGCAUUCGGACCAGUUUGUGGAAAAUCUAGAAAAUGCCGGUCUCGGCUACCACGUUGAUGCCAAUGAAACAAGGGAUACACUUGGAAAAAUUCCAAUGCGGCGUUUGGUUUAUAGAGUACAGCCUCUCCCUGAAAGCUUGCUGCCUCUUGUAUGGGAUUUUGGUCAACUGAACGCGGAAGUAGAGAGAUUAUAUAUAGUUCAAAUCGUCAAACGAUGUACCAUGUUCAGCAGCUUCGACUGUGAACAAAAUGGAGAUUUUGAAGACAAUGUAACUGAAUCGCUGAGUGCUAUUUUGGCUGCUUCACAGCAGUUUAUGAGGAACCAAAAGGACGAGUGUGGCUUUGUUUCAUUAAGAGAUAUAGAGAGAUUUGUACUAGUGAUGAAGUGGUUCAGCACAAUAGGUGAACACCUGUUUCCGCCCAUAGAUGUAAAGUUGUUGCGACAAGGCGUAGUUGUUAGUGGGAAAACAGCACUAAAUAAUUUAACAAGAAGUGUAAUUCUGGCACUUGGCGUUUGCUACCACGCACGUUUAAAGGAUCGUAGAGCUUUCAGAGCAACGAUUGCAAAAUCUUUCAAUCGACCAUUCGAGUUACCAGGAGGCGCUCACAGAAUGCUUCAAGAAAUUGAAAGUUGCCAAGAUGUUUUUCUUGAUAAUGUUUCACUUGAUAACAACAUUGCGAGAAAUACUGCUUUAAGAGAAAAUUUGUUUAUGAUGGUUGUCUGCAUAGAACUGCGCAUCCCACUGUUUCUUGUUGGCAAGCCCGGCAGUUCUAAGUCUCUCGCAAAAACAAUUGUCGCUGAUGCCAUGCAGGGAAAUCUCUCAAGAGGGGCAUUAUUCAAACACUUUAAGCAGAUCCAGAUGGUUUCUUUCCAAUGCAGUCCGUUAGCUACUUCAGAGGGGAUUAUUGGUACAUUCAAACAAUGCGCACGUUUUCAGAAGGACAAAGAUCUCGACAAGUUCGUGUCUGUGGUGGUACUUGAAGAAAUCGGCUUGGCAGAGGAUAUUCCACAAAUGCCAUUAAAGACAUUACACCCACUUUUAGAAGAUGGAUGUGUUGGAGACGAAACGCCAGAAAAAUAUAAAAAGGUUGCAUUUAUCGGAAUUUCUAACUGGGCAUUGGAUCCAGCAAAAAUGAACAGAGGUAUUUUAGUUCGAAGGGAAGUUCCAGAUCUGACUGAGCUUAAAAACAGCGCGAGAGGGAUAUGUUCCGCGAAGGAUGGCCUAGAUCAGGCUUUUAUCAAGAAAUGGAUAGAACCUCUUGCGAAAGGAUACAAUGAUGUACUCCUCAUGGCCUCGAAGGAGCGGGAAUUCUUUGGUCUAAGAGACUUUUACAGUUUGGUGAAGAUGGUAUAUACAUGUGUGAAUGAAAGAAUAACAGAGCCUUCAAGGUCCCAAAUUGUGCAUGCUAUAAAACGCAAUUUUGGUGGACUUGACACUAUAGAGCCAGAACAUUGUUUUAUGCAGUACUUGGGUCAAGAUUUUAAAAUGCCCAGCGGUGAUGAUCCCGACUGCAGUGCUAAAGGAUUGGUAACAGCAAGUCUUGCCGGAACAGGAAAAUCUGGCAUGGAGAGUCGCUAUUUGCUGUUACUUACGGAAAACUACAGUUCAUUGUCUAUGAUCCAACACAAUUUCUUUAACGACAAAGACCAUAGACCCCUCAUCAUAUUCGGCAGUCAUUUCCGCUGCGACCGGGAGUAUACUCAGGUUUGUCGCAAUAUUAACAAAAUUAAGGUAUGUAUGGGAACUGGAAAAACCGUGAUCCUGCUAAAUUUGGACAAUCUAUAUGAAAGCUUGUAUGACGCACUGAACCAGUACUAUGUUUACUUCGGAGGCAAGAGAUACGUUGACCUAGGUCUCGGUACACACAGGGUUAAAUGCCCUGUCCAUGAGGAUUUCAGGCUGAUUGUUGUUGCUGAGAAGCAAACUGUCUACAAAAAGUUUCCUAUUCCACUUAUCAACCGUUUGGAAAAGCAUAUUAUAACCGGCACCACGAUGCUAGAUGAACAACACAUGGUUUUAGCUAAAGGCCUUAAAAAGUGGGCAAGCGAAGUCAUGGAUCCGCACUCCUUCGAAAAAAACAAAAACACAGGCCUAAUAAUUGGAUUUCACGACGACGCAUGCUCUGCAAGUAUCACGUACGUAAUCGACCAGCUUAAACAACAUAACAGUGACGGCAUUGAAGUCUCAGACAGUGAAAUACUUGAACAUGGAAUGCAGCUCCUUUUAUGGUGCGCAACACCUGAGUCGUUACUGCUGAAAAAUCUGCCACAAAUGACGACGCUUAAAGACACUUAUUAUUAUCAGCAAGAACACGGAAGUCUUAUAUCAUAUCUACAUAACAUGAUUGUGGACAAUUCCGUAAAACAACUAUUUGCUCAGAUAACAUGUCAUUCAAAACUUUUGCCCGACAACUAUGGAUGCGAAAUUACGAAACGGAUUGCAUCCAUUCAACACGUUGUGAUAUUGUCACUGUGUGCCUUUGAUACCGAACAACAGUUCUGUACUCGUAUAAGGCGAUUUCUUGAGAGUGGUUCAUCAUCUCGCUUAUUGGUAAUUCAAUGUGACUCCGGUGACAAGAAUGCUGAGCUUCUGGCGUGUGCAGAAAACUGCGUUGUGGAAGAAUUCGAAAAACAAAAGAACGAUCACGGAUCAAAACAUAUUCAAAUCGCAUUUAUAGUUCAGCUUCCACGAAAAGUCGGGGGAUGUUUUUCUGGCUACCAGUGCGGCAUUUGGCGCUGCGUGCACAUUGAUGACCUAUACGAAGUGGAGCAAGGUUUUCCAAAACUGACCGAUUUAUUUGGCAAAUCAAUCGGCGAGCUGUUAUUAAGUGCGGUAUCAAGCGAGUGUCAGAGGCUCUCGAAUUCGUUUAGUGAGGAAUAUGAAGACUCGAUAGAGAAGUUUAUUGAGAAGCGUUGUGUACGUGUUGAUGGGCUGAUAAAACAGGCUGUACCAUUGGCAUUGUCUAUAAUCCAAGACAGACAGCAAGACCAGCAGCGGGCAACUAAACGUUUGGGCGUCGUGCUUGAAUGUUUACAAAGUCCUGACGUUGCUGAAUUAUUCACAAUUGGAAUAACCAAAAUGGUUGCGGAUAUCAUUUCAACGCAAGAGGAGCACCAAGGGGGUUUUAUGGCGCGACAAUGGAUUUCGACCGUUGCGACUUCCAAGGAAGCGAUUUACCAAAAUGGAACAUUCAGGCAAGCAUGCUAUCAGACGAUACAAUCAAAAAUCACCCCUGUUCUUGCGCAUGUCAUCGCCUUCUUGGACACGAAUUGCAAUCUAGAACUUGCCAUAAGUGAAGUGUCUUGGAAAAGAGCCUUUUGGUUGCGGUUUUGUGCAGACAGCAAGAUAAUGCUUAUAAAGUACGACGACCUUGUGUCAUCCCAUGAAAGAAAGGAUCUAAUGGGAAUGGUUGUUAGAACUGUUGGAUGUGAAAACCAUGUAUUUAAACUGCGAUUUCCAUUUUCGUGGUUGAUUAUACAGAUGGCAGAAUAUAUAUUUCGCGAUUCUACGCACGAGAACAAUAUCAUUGACCGAAUCAACUUGUGCUCAAGACUACUUCAGGAAGGAAUAUUUGGAGAAUCACUUUCUUCCCUGAACAAAGAAAUUAACAAGCAAGACAUUUUGAAUGACUAUAUUCAUGACUUUGCCCAUGUGGUGUAUAAUCCAAAAAAUGGACAAUUGGAACAAACACUUGUAGACGACGUAAUAAAGUCAAGAGCGGAGCGUUUCAGGAAAAUUUGCAACGAGACCCAAGAUAUCCCUGAUAUUAUUCAAUUCAUAGUAUGCGUUCAUUUUGCGUUUGAGGCAGAGUCUAACAAACUUAAAAUCUUUAGAGAUAUAAAUGACAUCUGGCCAAGUUGCAGCAUAGAAAUAUCCAAGUUGCAAGAAGAUUCACCGGGGUUUCUAUUUAGCGAUAAUCAGCUGCUGGGAACAGUAGGUCUGUUGAUAGCUAACCUUAAGCCACAAUUCAUUCAAAACGAAGCCUCGCCGAGAUCGGAGUGGCUCAGUCAUGUAUACCGAAGUCGUCAUAUUGUGGAACAGGUUUUUAGUUUAUGCCAAGAUGAUAUUGAUAUACAGAAGAAAACGUACUCGCAAACAAGGUCAGCGUGGAAUCGUGUUUUAACGAUGAAACUGUUCAUAGAAAGUUUAUUUCCAAACGGCAAAGAAGACAUUCUUACAAAUGACGUGUGCAAUAUAAUGUGGAAUAGUCUUGGUCAAGAUGUAGAUAUGAAAAAAUUAAAUUCAUUUACAACAUUAGAAGAGUUUUUGAAAGAAUGUAACGAUAUUGCGCUUUCGAAGACGAUUGGAAUUGGAAGACAAUGUUCUCGUUGCGAAGUGGAAAUAACGAUUCCACCAACGUUUUUGCCAUGCAGUAAAAAUCAUGCAAUUUGCAAAACAUGUUACUUAGAAAUCAAGACAGAUCUAAAACGGUGCCCAGAGUGCAAGGAAAUGUUGCAAGACAAACAUGAAACAUCGGAAAUCUACAGAAAACAAAUUGCGAGAUUAAAAGUGUUUCAAAAACGAUGCAAUACAUUUUUUCUGGACGUUGUUACCCAGCUGUGCUUUUCUGAUGAACUUCCCCCAUCGAAAGAAGUUUUAACCCAGCUUUUUGACCAUGUUAUAUGUACAUCAGAAUCUGUCAAACCAUAUACAAACGAUCUUAGUUUGUAUGAUAGUGAAAUUGAUCCGAAUCCUGUCUUUAGGUGUUUUUUGUUGCAGCUGAUAUUCAAGUUCAGCGCUUUAGACUACGUGGCGGAUUACAUAAAUCAAUUCAUCGAAAAUACAACCUAUGGAAUCCAAGACGAAAAUUUGAUGGACAUUUAUCUCAUGAUUGUGCAAUGUUAUGAGAAUUUUCGGCGCGGUUCUUUAAAAAAAGAUGAAAACUACAGUGAAACGUGUAAAUGGAUGACGGAGUCCCAAGAACACUUGCGUGCAACUGAAAAUCAACCUAAAAACAAAACAUUAACAAAACUGUUGUGUUGUAUAGCGGAUGUGCGUGUAUGCUUAGGAAUUGCAGCGGAAUGCAUGGCAUAUGGAGUUUUGAACCAAUAUGAUUUUCACAUGGGGCAUGUACGAUCAAUUAUACACAAAGCGCGGGAAUUUUGUGAAAGUAUACAUACGGACUGUCCAAGAGUUUUCCUUGCUAAACAAUUGUGCCAUGGUUUUGGAUUUGAAGUGUAUCGAAGGGUUUGUAACUCUGCAAAUGGAAUGUUGAAUUGGUUGGCCUACAACUCAGACGGAAACCUGAUGUCAGACUGCGACAGAUACAUAGUAUGCGGCUCUACUUACUCAGAUAUUCGGGAAGCAGUUGCAAACUGCUUCAACAAUUCCAUAGAUAUCAGGAACUUGGGAAUAUUAUUAGACCAGUUGCAAAGAAACGAUACUAAUUGUCAAGUGUACCUACACUUGGCUAUUCACAGACUUGUUACUUGCGCCUUUGUUUGGGAUACACAACAGAACUUAGAGAACAAAGAAAAACUAUACCAGUUUUUGGCCAAAGACUAUGCAGAUGAGACCCUAUUUAUGCAACUUUUCCACAAUGAUCUUCAACCUGAUUGUCUUCAGAUUGUAACUCGGACAAAUACUUUUAACUAUGGCCUGCAGUGCUUGCUUACACAUUUUAAGUUUGUACUUCUGUGGUGUCAAACAUGCUAUUCAGAUGGUUUGGUUCAUCCUUUUAUUGCUUUGUCGGAUGGAGAUGAGAGUAUAAAGGAGAUGUUCUUGCCUACAAUGGAAGAUCGUGAAAAUAAUGAUAUAUUGAAUGCGGCAACAUCAGAGGAACGAGUUUACCUAUGCCCCAACGGCCAUCCCUACUUAAUCGGAGAGUGCGGUCGUCCUUGGACAGUGAGCACAUGCGCAGAUUGUGGUGAAACAAUAGGCGGAUAUUAUCAUGAGAGUAGUGGAGAUAAUACACUUGAUACAAGCGAAUUAGGUCACACCCUCGGAAAAGCGCAGCAGCAAAAAGCAAGUCAUUCCACGAGAAAUUUAAAUGCUACUGAUUGCAGUGUUAUCAGACUGUUAGUGCACAUGGCGAUGUAUUUGGGUCCAGUAGAAAUGGUUCAACAUAGUAUACGACCCGGUCUUCAAGAUAAUGAUGUUUCAACUUUCCUUUUAGAACACAUUACUAAAAAUAUCCACGAUUUAGAACAACUGCUUGCUUGCAGAACUGAUGAUGUGUUUUUACUUAUGCAUUAUAUUGUCGAUCAAAUACUGAGAAAAAAAGACUUCACUUCGACUGGUUUCGAGCUGGAAACAAAGAUACAGCGUAACGAUUGGGAGAAAGACUUUUCAGCUCAUGUUCUACAUGAUGUUUUAUCGAAUUUGGAUAUUUUAACCAAUCUGAAUCAAACUUUGGUCCAGGACCUCAGUCAAGGUGAUCCACUGAUAAGUCGAAUAUACGAAAGAGAAGGAUCCGAAAAUAUAGAGAAACCUGAUAAUGUACUCGAGGAUUCCAGGAUGUGGAUGUAUCGGAAACCGAUUACAAUCGAAGAUAUGCGUCAGAAGCUUGAUUCGGUUUGUAAAAACAAAAACGUGAAACUAUACCCGGUUCUUCAGCUCUUCAUGAAAGAGGAUGAACAUUUACAAGCUCUUCGUUAUGUUCCCAACAUUGUAAAUCUUGUUCGCGCACUUUUAAAUCGAUAUUUGAAAAAAAUUGACAAAGCGGAAGCUUUAAAGAUGAAUGUAGGGACAAUAAAAAAAGACUUUUCUACACAACCGAUGCAUAGCUGGCUUGAUGAUUUUGCAAAAGCAUGGGAAAUGACAAGAACUUGUCUACGUGUGCAUGGUUGUCGAACGGAAUUUGGUAUCACCAAUUGUCAACAAGAACUAUGCGAUCGAAGCAUAGAUGACAAAACACAAUUGGCUACGUUUCUUCCAUCAACGGAUGGCCCGGGACUGUGCUGUUUUGCGAUGCUUGACUUUCUUUUCCGAAAGCAGAACGCACUUCUUGAUGAUUACAUUCGCAUGGCAGCAAUAACAGAUAUCAAACACCCCACGGUAGCACCGAUGGACGUGACAUCAACACAUCUAAUCAGCUAUGAUCAUGCUAAUGAUAUCAUGCCACUGGUUCUGGCCAAUUGCCGUUACUCCUUCGAAGUGGGAGACCAAACCAAAAUAGAAUACGACUUUGAUAGAAUGGAGCGACAGCUCAUGGAUAGACUUCUCAACUCCAAAUCCAAGAUCGAAAUCCAUAAAUACUUGCAGAUUGAGCGUAUGGUCUACAGAACAGAGAUGUCUAAUAGUGCGGUUAUGAUGAAGCUUGAUCACAAGAUUCCACAAGAACCACUGAAUUUUAAUGUUCGUAAUAAAAUAUUGGAGGAAUUUUCGGACGUGACCGAUGUUUGUACAUCGAUUGGCAAUUUAGAUAUUGCAAUAAGCUACCUUAAAACGAUUGGAGGUGAACCGAUUACGUCUCUGACGGGAUUUAUGACAACAACCAUUAAAAUGGAUAACCCAAUACAUGGACAGAAGAUACAUCAGUUUUGUCAGCUGAAACACACCAAGGCAUUGUGGUUGCUGCUCAAUUUCCAACGAUCCAAACUACUGGUUGAUUAUCUUCAAGGUGAUGCGUUCAAUACACUGAGAACUCAACAUUUCGAGAAAAUACCAGCGGAUUCACGGGUUGCCUUCACGAAAUACCUUGAAUCAUUUAGCUGUGAAAGUCUUUUCAAUAUCAUGGAGGUUCUUCACGAAUUUCUGCUUCUGAAGGUCGCUGUAAAAGAAAAAGCGGAUAGCAAAGAUUAUGUGCAAACCGACAACUUUGGGCUUUUCGAUGGCUUGGUGGCAUAUAUCGAGGAAUUGGAAACGACGGAUCUAGAGUCAGUGCUAUUAGAAGGCGCACCUUCUGAUAUACUAUACAAGCACAGUGCGGCGGCCUGGGAAGAAAUAUAUAAUACCUUCAAACGGAAGAAGGGGGCAAUCAGGCACUAAACCAUGUAUCACUUAGACAUACAUGUCGAGACAUAACUUUGUGUAAAUAUUGAUAAUGCAUAGAGAUUUUUUAGAUAAUAUUGGAUUCUGUGAUUCUCUGUAAGCAAGUAUUUAUCAUUAUUGUGCUGUCCAAGAUAUUGACAGUGCAUAACAUUUAUAAAGGCAUUACGUUAUUCGUUUUUAUCGUUUAAAUCAGGUGACACUAGUAUGUUCUAAUUAUCUGUAAACACAAACAAUGAUGAGCGUAUAUUUUAUUCUGAUUAUUCUCACAAUUCAGUUCACAAGAGUGCAUGGUAUAAUAAUCUAUAUCGACGUGCAAAUGUAUUUUGCACAGCCUUGUUUGAAAUUGUGUUACGUCUGGACAAACGUGACCAGGUAUUAGGCGACAUUUAUGUUAAUAAAAAUAAUAACCUAUAUUGUGUUUCUGUAUAAAUUGAUUAUUGGUUUGGAAUUUUCUCAUAUUCUGUUUGUAAAAGUGAAUAUAACAUGUGCAACUAUAUUUUAUGACGCAAAUGAUUGUAUUGUGAUUUUGUGGUUUCAUUUGUGAAAAUAAGACGAAAACAUUUACGCUGCACAUAUAUUGUUUUGUUUCAAGUGUGUAGAAAAACACAUAUAUUUCAGUUGCAUUUUUGUUUUAUGAAUUGCUUGUAUAUACGUUUGUUCUUGAAUCCAUCAAUGAAAAUUUAAAAGUAGAAGUAAAAAAAUCAUGUUCAUUUUAUUUUUAUUUGUGCCGAAAACUUUCAUUAUUUGCCUAUUUUAAUUAGGAAGAUUGAUUUUGUUUUAAAAACACGGAACCCGAGUUUUAUUUUUAAUAUUGUGAUUAAUAUGUUGAUAAAUAAGACCCGAGAAAUGUAUAAAAUAUUACUUUUUAAAUAAUGGUUAAUUGUGACACGUUUUAAUCAUUAUUGUGAUUUGAUAAGAGAGCAUUUUAUUUUGUGUAUAGUAUGUAUUAUAACGA